GCAUUCGACUAGUUGAUAGGUUCUUCGCUGUUAGUAACAUUGCGUUGUUGCUAUUUUGAAACAUUCUUAUCAUUUAAUAAUUUUUGAAGUGAAAUCACGUCCAGUUUUCGUCGUUUCAGAGCGUAUUUACGUUUUUAUCCAACAUUUGUCGUAAUCGCAACUAUAUUCUGAAGCAACUGGCAACGUUGCAAAUAGAAUUGAUUGAGGUUAUGCGUAAGUAAAGCGAUUUGUUUUAUGAUUUUCAAAUCUCCAAAUAUUCCUCAAAAACGAGAAUGGGCGAAAACGUAGUCGAAGCUAUUAAUGAACCUAUGGAUACUUCAAAAAAAGGCCGUGUUCGUAAAAAACAGCUGUACAACAGCAUUUUACAGCUGAUGGAAUUUUAUUUUAGCGAUGCCAAUCUUUCCAAAGAUAGAUUUUUGAUGCAGAUAUUGCAAAACGACCCUUAUGUUGAUAUAGAUAUCUUUUUGAAAUUUAACAAAAUCAGAAAACUGAAUUGCUCAGCGGAGGACAUCAAGAAAGCCAUAGGCAAAUCAGAACUCUUGGAGUUAUCCGAGGACAGAGAAAAAGUAAGGCGAAAAACAGAAGUGCAACAAAAAGAAAAUGUCGAUAAUUGCACGAUUUAUGUUGAAAAUAUUAAGCCUGACGCAACUCAUGAGUCGCUCAGCCAAAUUUUUUCAGAAUUUGGAAAGGUUGUGUAUGUAAGCAUUCCAAAAUAUAAGCAUAACAAAGCAAAUAAGGGAUUUGCUUUUAUAGAGUUUGAAAGUGAAAGCGAUGCCCAAAACACGUUGGAGUAUUUCCAAACUAUCGGUUGUACGAUGCCAUCAGAUACAGAACCCGAUAAACUGGUCAGCAUUCAGACUUUUGAAGAUAAUGAAAAAAUGGAUACAACUCAUAAGCAGAUGCAAGAAUGUAACGAUGAGGAAGAACCGAAAAAAAGGAAAUUUGAAGGAGACGGUGAAAGAAAACUUAAGAAACUCAAAACUGAGAGCGUGCAAGGUGAGACUGCGAAAGAAAAAUUUGAGGGAAAUGAAGAGAAGACUGAGAUAGAGGAAGAUAAGAAGGAUGGCAAAAAGAAGAAAAAACACAAAAAGGACAAAAAGAAGAAUCACAUCAAAGAGAUGGGAUUGCAGAUUUUAUCCAAGGUAGAAUGGAAAAAGAUGCGCAACAGAUAUUUGAACUUGCAGAGAAAGAAAAUGAAAGAACUAAAGCAGUAUCUACACAAGCAGUCACAUAAAGAUAAUAAAAAGGAAAAUUCUGCUAAAGAACAUACUGUGAAGGACAGUAGUAAAGCCAUAGUUGAAUUUGUACCUGGUAUAAUCAUUAAAGUGGUGUUGCCAGAACCUUGUCUAGAUGCCAAGAAAAUGAAGAGUGAAAUGAGAUGUACAUCAUCAGAUAUCAAGUUUGUUGAUGUGCCAAAUGCAAUGGAAAGCAAUGAAAUAUACUUAAGAUUCUCUAACAAUGAUGCUGCAAAAAAGUAUUUGACUGAUCAAAAGAAUGAAGAUCGUGAGUUGAUGGUAUUGCAAGGUGAUGAAGAAAAGCAAUAUUGGCAGAAAUUGAAGGAAGACAGAGAGCGUUUUGAGGAAAAGAAAAGUGGACAGCGACGACGAAAGCAAAGAGGAAGGGACAAGUUGAUAAGGAAGGCAGAACAAGAAGCUGCGAAACAUAUAUUUUUCGACGAUGGGGAUGCUUCUCUACCAGUUAUGUGAAAAUAUUGUCUUUAAGCCCGAGUUGGGCUGUUAUGUAAUAGAAUCUUAAAUUUUUGAAAGUAUGCAUUGAUUAUUCCCAAACAUUUUCCCUUCUUCAAUUCUGUUAAUAGCAAAUUAAACAAAAAUCGUUCACAAGGUUUA